AGUGAGAGGGAGAGAGAAAGAGAGAGAGAGAGAGAGAGAGAGAGGCAGGGAAGAUUAAGGGGUCAGUCCAGGGAUUGUCCUGGAAAGGAAAGGAACUAUGUACUGUGUAUGAGCAUGUGUGUGUCUGUGUGUGUGUUUGCUUUGAGGGUCAUUUUUAUCAUCGUGCACAGAGAGGACAUCACAAUAAACCACACACAGCCAUGAGCAGGACGACCUUCUUCGAGGUGGAGGUCCUGGAUGCAAACACAAGAGAGCUGCUUUGUUUUUUAGAUAAGGUGGAACCUUACUCAACAAUAGGAGACAUCAAAAGCCUUUUUCACAAAUCAUAUCCUCACUGGUAUCCAGCAAGGCAGGCACUGAAGCUCAAUCCUAAGGGAAAGUUACUACGAGAUGAUGAAAUAUUACAGAAUUUACCAGUGGGGACUUGUGCCAUCAUGUACUUCCGUGAUCUUGGACCACAGUUAGGAUGGACUAUGGUGUUUUUGGCAGAGUACAUUGGGCCCCUUCUCACCUACCUCCUCUUCUAUUUCCGAGUGCCGUACAUGUAUUCCCACAGAUAUGUCUUUACCUCCAGUCCUCAUUCUGUUGUCACCCGAGCCUGUGUCUGUCAUACCGUCCACUACAUGAAGAGAUUGAUAGAGACUAUCUUUGUUCAUCGUUUCUCUCACGGGACCAUGCCUCUCAGGAUAAUAGUCAGGAAUUGUGCCUAUUACUGGGGUUUCUCUGCUUGGUUGGCUUACUACAUCAACCACCCACUUUAUACACCCCCAACAUAUGGAGACCUACAGGUCAACGUUGCACUUGUAAUAUUUGCGAUGUGUCAACUUGGAAACUUCUCCAUCCACUUGACUCUGAUUCGUCUAAAAGGAGAUGGAGCCAGGAGCAGAAGAUACCCAAUCCCAACAAAGAACCCCUUCACAUGGCUUUUCUUCUUUGUAUCGUGUCCAAAUUAUACAUAUGAGGUUGGAGCAUGGGUGAGCUUCUCCAUCAUGACGCAGUGUCUGCCAGUUGCUUUUUAUACAUUAUUGGGGUUUAUUCAGAUGACCAUCUGGGCCAAAGGGAAGCACAAAGCCUACAGCAGGGAGUUCAAGGAUUAUCCAAGAUUCCGAAUGGCCAUUAUUCCCCUGAUUCUCUGAAACAAUGAAGCUGCCACUAUGUCCAGCACUAUGCAAUUUUUAUCCAUGAAUGAAGAGGAGUGGGAUUGAAAGCAAUAAUAUCAUAGCAAUAUACUGAAUCAUUUAAUAUUUUACAAUUUAACAAUUUUGAAUGGGAAACGUAUAGGUAUAGGAUUUUAAUAGAAUUUAAGAUAAGUGAUUAUUCUAGGUAAAUUCUAAUUGUUGCUGUCAUGUUUUCUAUGCUGUGUCAACAAUGGUUACACUUAAUAAUGGUUGUGUGGGUGACUUAUGUUAAAAACUAAGUGUUCAUGUUAAGUAAAAUAAUUAAGAUAUAUACUUUCA